AUGGUCACCGCCCCGCCAAGUGCUUCGAAGAGCACGCCCGAUGUUCACGGAGCGACGGCCCCCGCGCCGAUUCUGCUGUCUCCCAUUUCCGUCGCUCACAGGAGUCAGAUGCUGGAGACCGAAGCUGCGGGGAAGCCCUCGACAGGAAAUGCGAUUCGGGACCAGUGGGUCGCCAACCUGCAAAAGAGGCGGAUGGCCGCAGCAGCAGGACUCGGAGGACCGAUAGGCAACGGAAACCCGCUGCCCCCUUCAGCCACAGGAACCCACUCGAAUAACGGCAGCAGGUCCAACAGCAAUAGCAGGUCGAGCAGCAACAGUAGGAGCAGUUCGGCCAAACGCGGCAGUCGGAGUCGCAGUGGAGCAUCGCGAACAAGCUCGAAGAACGGACGAAAUGCCACACAGCUGAGUGCUGCGGCCCUCGAGAAGAGUUUGAACGCUCACCAGCGCAACGCGCACCGACACAGUCAGUUCGCCACGAUGUCUUCGGGCUUGAUCGUGGACAGUCAGAUUGCCAUGAGCGAUGCGGACGCGCUGGCACUGCAGCAGCCCUCGAUGCUCUUCAGUGGAUUAGGUUGCUUCGAGCUCGAGUCUCCGUCGUUCUCGCGGCUCAUGUCGUCUUCUCUCGACGGAGACUUCCCGUUAGCCUCACCGGACCCGGUAGCCGCCACCACCACGAAGAAGACCAAGGCUCGGCCGAAAAGGACCACGAAAGCAGGAUCAAAGAAGCGACCGACGCACUGCCUGGCGCUUGAUAUCGAUCAACCGAAGCCGCGCACUCCGCGCCGGAAGCUCAACUGCGGCUCAGCGACGUUUGAUGACUUUGAUCUCGAUUACAGCGUGGGGUCAGGCUCUUCAGGGUUCCCGGGGGUAGGAACGCCGUCCAAUUUCCGUGUGGACGCUUCAUGUACGAGCACGAGGCAUCUCUGGGGACAGGACUUCGAUCUGACCGGAGCAGGGGGCUACGCAGAUACUUUCCUUGACCUUCCGACUCCGCGACUCGCUGAAAUGCCCUUGAUGUCGUCCUCACAGCAGUCGAACGCCAGCUCAACCACCAGCAACAGCAGCAGGCAGUCGAACGACGAACAGGACUCGAAACUCGACCACCCGCGACUCAUUCGCACCAGCAGCAUCGAGCAGGAAGGCUUGAGCCACUUCUUGGAACAGACCAACCUCGACGGUAGCGAUGGUGGCCACGGGGACGAGCUCUACCAGCUUGCAGCGACGCCUCUUAUCAGCGCUCGCAAGUCUCCGUUCGGAGGGGGCUCCUUCUUCACCAGUGGCACGACCCCACGCUCUGCUGCAGCUGCGGUGGUAGAUGAGUGCUUUGGUGGCAAGUCCACGCCGUUCUCCUCGUCCUGGCUGCCAUCGCCAUCUCCUAUCGGGUCUUCGUCUCGGCCCGGUGCAUCCGCGGCGCGGCGUCGAAUGACGCCUCGCGACCAGAAGCACCCGCCCGAGUUCGAGACCUUGAUGGACGAGUACAAAUUCACCGACAUCGACCACGAGCUCGACAGUUUCUACCUGGACACCAUGGAGGCCAUCGGCAACGACCUCGACCUCAUGUCCAACUGA